GCCCUUUCAAGAUCUCUCCAGUCCUCUUCAGCCCCUACAGCUGGAACACUGUCAAGACCUACAAUUUCACCAAGGCUACGGCUUUCGACAUUGGCAAAUCAACAUUCACUACCUGGAACAAGCGUUGUGCUCACCAGACACGGGUAAGAACCAGACACGGGUAAGAGAAAGCUUGCGACAGCUUAACAACCGCCCCUUCCGGGUCCACAAUUGAUGCUGGUCUGCCCACACUUGCUGACUUAUAAUGCAAACCGAAACAAACCCAAGCUUUUACUCAACUGUGAAUACCUCAAUCAAAAUGCCAACCCCAACUUCAGGUCCGUCCACCCUUAGCUUAGAGUCCAGACUCUUAACCCCGCAGCUAACCAACCUCCCAGCCCCCACCACCCUACCUUCAACCGCAAUCCAGCCAAGCACCUGGACCGGCCUCUCAACCUACAGCGCCGACUGGGCUCGCACCAUUCCAAAGAACCAAAAAUUCCUCACCGGCGCCCUGGGCCUCCUCACCACCGCCGAGCUUUGGGACCUGAUCCACACCGACACAGAGCUCGCCCCAGUCCUCCGGGACUUUAUCUCGGCGAGAGGCACCUGGUUCGGCGCCGACGGGUUCCUCCGCACCAGCCAGAAGCAGACCUGUUUCCAUACGGUCAUAAGGUCGUGGGCGAUCCGACAGAGCACGCGCACUUUCUCCGUGCCGACCACCCCCCCUCUCUGGGCGAGCUGCACGGCCCGCAAGAAGUUUACCGCCUACGCGCUGCUGCGGUGGGCGAUGGCGUUGCUGCGCGCGAAGCCGCGGCUGUUUCCCCGGACGGAUCUGACACCGGGCGCGGAGCGGGUCGAUGCGUUCGAGGUAUUUGUGGCGGCGAGGCUGCUGAACUACGUUUAUCAUCCCCAGGCUCAUUGCGGUGGGCUUGCGAAGCAGGUGAGGCCGAAGAAGGUGGUUCCGGCGGUUGCUCCGGUCAGAGUUGGUGGUGUUUAGGCUGAGGUAUUGAGGGGGAGUUGGAGUAGGAUCUCGGUUUCUCUGGUGUGGAGAUGGUAGGACUAGAGUAUUCGGAGCAAGUGUUGGAGAUAUGGAGAGUGAGGUGGAUGAAAUGGCAGGGAGACUGGCUUUGAAUGUACAUGACAAGAUUUGUGCUUUGUGGUCCAAAUUAAAGAACCAGUAUAUGGGAAGCGGUUGUCUUUCCAGUCUUUCUGGGCCCAGCACACAAUAUUUCUCUCAAUCGGGUCGAGGAUCCAAUCACUGGCGAAAAUGUAAGCC